AUGUUGGAGAAGGCGUGGGUUCAUCUGUCAAGAGUUGAUCCUGCUUAUGAGAAGGGUGCAUGGGACUUUGUCCAAGUUGUGUCUGCGGGUGAUGGAGCUGAUAAGUUCAUUAUCUGCCCUUGCACAGACUGUCGGAAUGUAGAUCGGCAUUCAGCUGCAGAUAUAGUCGAUCAUCUGGUUAGAAGGGGAAUGGAUGAGGUGUACAAGCAGCGUAAGGACUGGUAUCAUCAUGGAGAAGUAUACUCUGUGGCUGAAGGCGAGAUGAAAGAGAAGCAGUGGAAUGAAGAGAUUGUUGGGUUGUACAGAGCUGUUGAGAAUUUAGAUGAAGAGUUAGCUACUGAACGUGACUUCUGUGAGAUGGCAGAGGGAGAAGACAUGAAAGAAGAUGAGUUCUUGGCAAAGAUUGCAGAUGCUGAAACCCCAUUAUAUCCAAGCUGCGCAAACCAUAGCAAGUUAUCAGCCAUCGUGUCAUUGUUUAGGCUGAAGACUAAGAAUGGCUGGUCUGACAAGAGCUUCGAUGAUCUACUUGAGAUGUUGCCGGAGAUGUUACCAGAGGAUAACGUGUUGCAUACAUCACUGUACGAAGUUAAGAAGUUCUUGAAGUCUUUUGAUAUGGGUUAUGAGAAGAUUCAUGCGUGUGUUAAUGAUUGCUGCCUGUUCAGAAAGAAGUUGAAGAAGCUCGACAGUUGUCCUAAAUGUAAGGCCUCAAGAUGGAAGAUUAACCAGCACACUGGUGAGAUCAAGAAAGGUGUCCCACAGAAAGUAUUAAGAUACUUUCCAAUAAUCCCACGGCUAAAGAGGAUGUUUAGGUCUGAAGAAAUGGCCAGAAACCUAAGGUGGCAUUCUACUAACCAGAGCAGCGAUGGGAAACUAAGGCAUCCCGUAGAUUCUGUGACAUGGAAACAGAUGAAUGACAAGUAUCCCACAUUUGCCGCUGAGGAAAGGAAUAUACGGCUGGGACUCUCUACGGAUGGAUUUAAUCCUUUCAACAUGCAGAGCAGUAAGUACAGUUGUUGGCCUGUGCUGUUAGUUAACUACAAUUUGCCUCCUAACCUAUGUAUGAAGAAGGAGAAUAUCAUGCUAACACUGCUCAUUCCUGGUCCACAACAGCCUGGUAAUAGUAUUGAUGUCUACUUAGAGCCAUUAAUAGAGGAUUUAAAUCAGUUGUGGAGCAAAGGAGAGUCAACAUAUGAUGUUGUGAGUAACACUGCAUUUACAAUGAAGGCAAUGCUGCUCUGGACUAUUAGUGAUUUCCCAGCCUAUGGAAAUCUAGCUGGAUGCAAAGUGAAAGGAAAAAUGGGUUGUCCUGUGUGCGGGAAACACACUGAUAGUAUGUGGCUGAAGUUCUGUAGGAAGCAUGUGUAUAUGUCUCAUAGAAAGGGUCUCCCACCAACGCAUAGAUAUAGGUCGAAGAAGGCUUGGUUUGAUGGACACGCUGAACACGGGAGAAAGUCUAGGAUACUAUCUGGUCAUGACAUUUCCAAUAACCUGAAGCACUUUGUUAACAACUUUGGGAAUUUUAGAGAAGGUAGAACGAAGAGGAAAAGAACAGUGAGUGUUGAAGAAGACUGUGAUAUUGAGGACGUUUCCAGUGAAUCUGAGGCAGAGGAAGAAGAUGAAGUUGAUGAGGAGGAGUUGUCAAGAUGGAAAAAAAGAUCAAUCUUCUUUCAACUUCCUUAUUGGGAGGAACUACCCGUGAGGCAUAAUUUGGACGUAAUGCACAUUGAGCGAAAUGUGGCAAAGAGCAUUGUCUCAACGUUACUUCACUGUGGGAAUUCGAAGGAUGGUCUCAAUACACGUAAGGAUCUGGAACAUCUUGGUAUUAGAAAGGAUCUGCACCCGAGGGGCAAAGGGAAAAGGACUUACCUACCAGCAGCACCUUGGGGUGUUUCAGUAGAAGAGUGUAAGGUAUCAGGUCUCAAAUCACAUGAUUAUCAUGUGCUGAUGCAACAGUUACUCCCGGUUGCAGUUAGAGGAUUAUUACCUAAAGGCCCGAGACUAGCAAUAUUACGGAUGUGUGCAUUCUUCAACCGGUUAUGCCAGCGAGUAAUAGAUGUAGAGCAGAUUUCAAAAAUGGAAGCAGAAGUUGUGGAAACUCUCUGUAUGUUUGAGAGAUUUUUUCCUCCAAGCUUCUUCGACAUAAUGGUUCAUUUGACAGUUCAUCUUGGAAGGGAAGCUAAACUAUGUGGUCCAGUCCAUUUUCGCUGGAUGUAUCCAUUUGAGAGACACAUGAAGAUCCUGAAAGACUAUGUUAGAAACACUGCGAGGCCAGAGGGUUGUAUUGCUGAGUCCUAUCUUGCAGAAGAGUGCAUGCAGUUCUGCAGUGCGUUUCUUAAAAAGACAACCAAUGUGGAGGAGAAAUUAGAUAGGAAUGCUGACUAUGAGAGCCAGACAAUCCUAGAGGGACGUCCAAUAUCGGCACCAAAAUCAAUUAACCUCUCUGAAAUGGAGAAGAAAACAGCCCACCUUGCUGUCCUACAGAACACAUCUGUUGUUGACCCUUAUGUUGAGUGUCAAUGGGCAGUACGAGGAAACGGAGUUAAGGUGGAAGAUGGGUACACACUUGUUAACUUGAAUCAGUCUCAAGUUUCCUUUAAUAGGGAUCCAUACAUAUUAGCUUCUCAGGCAAAACAAGUGUUUUACUCAAGGGAGGAUGAUACAUCCUGCUGGUAUGUUGUCCUAAGAGGUCCAUCAAGAAGAUACAAUGAAACAGAAGAAGAAGAUGUCAACAUAGAUAUUGGACCAUUGCCAUCAAUCAUUGAUAUGGAUGUUGAAAUAGAUGAAGCUCACAAUGCCCGAGUUGAUUGUGAAGGCAUAUAUGUGUGA